GGUUCCCCGGAGGAUGAAGUUCGUGUAUACAGAGGAGCAUCCUUUCGAGAAGCGGCGCUCUGAGGGCGAGAAGAUCCGAAAGAAAUACCCGGACCGGUUCCCGGUGAUCGUUGAAAAGACUCCCAGAGCUCGGAUAGGAGACCUGGACAAAAGGAAAUGCCUGCUGCCUCCUGAUCUUACAGUUGGUCAGUUCUACUUCUUGAUCCAGAAGCGAAUUCAUCUCCGAGCUGAGGAUGCCUUGUUUUUCUUUGUCAACAAUGUCAUUCCACCCACGAGUGCCAGGAUGGGUCAGCCAUACCAGGAACACCAUGAAGAAGACUUCUUUCUGUAUGUUGCCUCCAGUGAUGAAAGUGUCUACGGUCUGUGCAGUUGCUGUCCCUAAGGUGUGU